UCUGCGCGGACAAACGGAAGUGUAGGUGACGGUCGGAGAUAUCGCCGCCAAGCUGGGAACCGGGGAGAUGGCCGAGACCGACCCCAAGAACAUGCAGGAUCUCACCUCGGUGGUCCAGACACUGUUGCAACAGAUGCAAGAUAAAUUUCAGACCAUGUCCGACCAGAUCAUUGGAAGAAUUGAUGACAUGAGUAGUCGCAUUGAUGAUCUAGAGAAAAAUAUUGCAGACCUCAUGACCCAGGCUGGGGUGGAAGAACUGGAAGGUGAAAACAAGAUUCCUGCCACACAAAAGAGUUGAAGGUUGCUAAUAGUUUACAGUGAGGUCUGGAACACAAUUUUUACAAGCCAAGAGAAGACCGAAUGGCUUUUUGCACCUAACUACUACGUGUAGACAGGUUUUAUAUUAUAAAGUGUGUGUUCUUACCGUAAAUCAUAUAGUUAGUUUUCGGAGUGAUUUUUCCUGUAGUUUCUUGAAUUUUUUUUCGUGAAUAUGGUAAACUUCACAUCUCGGACCUUGGUCUGUUGUGCUGUUAUUAAACACUAAAACUCUGGCAGUUCCUACAUAAAAUUGUCAAAAUUUUA